AUGUCUUCAUACGCCAUCACCGGAGCCUCCAAAGGCAUUGGCCUCGAGUUCGUCCGGCAACUCGCCGCCAAUACAUCCAACACAGUCCUCGCUAUAGUGCGAAACCCCAAAUCGUCCGACAUAUCUGAGCUCGCCUCCAAGUACCCAAACGUACACGUCGUAAAUGGCGAUGUUACAGACCCAAAGUCCAUUCUCGAGGCUGCCUCAACUGCAUCCACCAUCACAGGUGGAAAGCUCGACGUACUCAUCCACAAUUCCAACGCCAUUGACCCUGCCACCAUGGCGCUCAGUCCGAGUCAAUUCCUUUUUGAUGCUGAGGCCGUUCGGGCAGCAUUCGAACCAUCGCUCGUAACGGCUAUCUACGGCGGUCUGUGGGCGACAAACGCAUUCCUACCCCUGAUUGAGAAGGGCAGCCAGAAGAAGAUUGUGCACAUUUCCACUGCCAUGGCGGAUACAGAUUUUAUCAAUAAGACUGGUAUUAGCUAUGGAGUCGCGUACUCUGUCGCGAAGGCUGGGAUGAACGUCCAGGUCGCCAAGUACGCAGCCGAACUUGCACCGAAGGGCAUCAAGGUGUUGGCUUUGAGCCCGGGUUGGGUCGAUACGUGGGAGGGAGAGAAACCAGCAGAGGUUGUACAAGGAGAAGAAUUCAUGUUAAAACAGUUCCAGAUAGCCGAUCCUGAGCUCAAGGGACAGAUUCAACCUGAGGAGAGUGUCAGCAAGUGUCUCGAGGUGAUUGAGCGUCUGGAUGAGAAGUCCAGCGGCUUGCUUCUGAGCCAUCAUGGAGAUAGGGAAAGGUGGACUUAG